AUGGCUACCGUCUUUCGGAAAAUUCGAGGAAAACGCAAGCUGUCCAGCGAACUAGACUCACGAUGGGGUGAUGUCUCCAUCUCCUCCCCGAACGAGGGGUCUUGGAAUCAAGGCUUUCAGCCAUCGGGCUCCACUGUCAACACAAAUCUGGGAAGCCCAGAGCAAGAGCAACGGCCUAACUCUAUGAAUUCGCUCGGACGGCGCAGUACCUCAUCUCACAGAGCAACUAGGCCAGGCCCGUCGAGCGCCAUUUCAGUGGAUUCGAUGCCGACAGGCCACUAUAACGCCAACAUACGAAGCCGGCCCCGAACGUCACACAAAAAACCAUCAACAACAGGCCUUGGUAUCGGAAUGCUCCAAAAUGGUUACAGUGCCUGGGAUGAUGCCAGCAGCGAUGGCAUGUCGUCGGACGAUGAAAUCAAAGACGGCGGAGGGCGUACCGGGCAAUAUCUGACCGUGGGUACGGAAGAGGACUACUCUCGAGCAUCCAGGUCACCGCCUCUGUCAGUCACAUCUCGCAUGCGACGCCACAGCCACCAGACCACGAUAGAGCCCAGCCCUUUCAUACCAAGGACGACGAAUUCGAGGCAUGCGAGCUUCACUUCUUCCGCUCCAAUGGCAUCAACUGAGAAUUCUCGGAUCGGGUAUGGACAUCGCCAUCCUCCAUUUCCAGAAAGAAAGCAUGUGCAUCGUCCAAAGCCUUUGGAACUUGAAGCGGCUAGAGGACCGGAACUGGUUCCGUCGUACGAUGAGCUGUACGGGUAG